CUGAUCGAAAAAGCCGGCAAAGCACGUCUAUACUCGUCAAGAUGGUCUUCAUCCUAGGCGUCAACUUCCCUGAGCGGAACCUCGUCAAGAAAUCCCUCGAAGCCUUCUUCGGCAUCGGCCACAACACCUCCUCGCGCCUCCUCUCCCGCUUCUACAUCAACCCAACCUGCAAAGUCGGCGAGCUAGCCAACAAGCAGGUCCUGGACAUCACGGCCGCGCUUUCCGACAUGAAGAUUGAGAAUGACCUACGCAGACAGAAUCUGGAUGAUAUUAAGCGGUUGAAGGAGACGGGGGCUUAUCGCGGACGGAGGCAUGCGUUGGGACUGCCGGCUCGGGGGCAGAGGACGAGGACACAGAUUAAAACGGCUGUUAAGCUAAAUCGGAUGGAGAGAAGGUUGUGAUUUGGGGGUUGUUUUUUGUUGGGUUGGGUUCUGUGUCUUGGGUGAUAAAUUCCCCGUUAUGAGGGCAUGGAUGGCGUUAUUUCUUUGUAUUUGUUUCAUG